AUGUCUUUAAACCCGUAUCUGGACCGUCUAUACUCUAUUCUAGGACUACAUUCAGGAAGUUACGGGACGUGCGAAGAACUCAUGGGUGUGAAUGAAACGCAUGGACUGUACGAUGACAUUUACGUCGUUCAUUAUGAUUUCAGCGAGAUACAGGGCGACAUUGCUUUAUCUGAGUUUCAGGAACUUCUCAGCGACUUGACAUCUGCUGGCUUGAAAGUGAAUGUCCAGCCAGGCCCCGGUAAAUCGCUAGUCAUCCUCGUCAAAGCUCCUCACGACUUGCUCAGCAACUUCGUUUUUCAGUCACGAGUCAAAGACUGGCUCCAUGGUGUCACACAACAAAAGCCGGAAGAUGACGGCAAUCGCUCCAUCGCAGGCAACACCGAGACGGAGAACCUACGUUCUAUGUACCACUUAGUUACAUGGAAGAAGUCUUUGGGGGGUGCAGGCAUCACACCUGAGAUUGGAAAGUGGAAGAAUGUCAAGUCGGUGUAUUCACUACACAAUAAGACAGCUACGAGAUCUUUGCUUGUCAAGUGA